AUGGCUGGGGAGCGAACAACUUCUACAAUACUCUCGACGUCAAAGCCCGAAGCCCAAACCGCGAAACCGCCGAGUUGGCUAGAUAUUUUCGAUGAUCUCAUCAACAAUGACGCCAAAGCCCCAUCAACAUUCCGCACCGGGCACACCGCAAUCAGACUCCCCGACCACGCCCACUAUGGCAACUGGCUUCACAUCAGUCGAGUGCUGUCCGACUCACGGAAGACAGAAAUCGAGACAGAUAUGAGGGCUAUGUGGUGGCAAUGGGAGUCGUCCGUAUACCCGCCCUACAACGGGCCUGGCGUCCCCUACCGCAUGCUUCCCAAAAGCUUUUGGAAACUGAUAGGGCCAGAAUGGGCUCCAUAUCCGAUGACCAAGUCACCCGUUGCUCCAUUUCAGGGACCUCAUACGGCUCUGUUCAACGACGGUCGCCAUUUCCGAGGCUGGUUCAUGCAUGUUCCUCGAUACCUCAAAGCGGAUGAGAUGGCCAUCGCCGAAGAGAAUCUCAAAACUGCCUGCGACCAACCGUGGGAUUGGGGUCGAGCACAUGGAGCCAACCCGGUGAUGCCGCUUAGCGAGAACGACGCGCAUAGGCGAGGUGUAUAUUCUGGUCAGAAAGACAUGGUGACGUUCCUCAAACACGAGUUGCACAUUUCUUUUAAGCGUCAAGAGGAUGAAUACGGGACGUGGAAAAUGGAUCCUCCUCUUUGGUCGAAAUGGACGGAACCUCCGCCAACCUGGUAUCCAAAUCCCUUCCGGCCUUUACUGGCAGUGUUUGCUCCAAAACGACCUCAGGGUAUGGAGUAUUCCCGGCCUCCACCCGAGCUCGAAGUGCUCAGUGACGAUGAUUCAGUGGUGGAGGAGAAUGUUCGAUCUUUAGAUCAGUCGUGGGCUGCACAUGAUGAGGUCUAUAACCGUCUUCUUAUGCCUCCUACGCCCGAGAAGCUUGAAGAUGAUAACGAAAAUGAUGAUUGGGAUUCGAACGAAGCCACUCUCUCUGGACAGACUUGA